UCCUUCCCUCAGGAAAUGGGACAGGAUUUCUUCAAACUGUGGGUCGUACUGGACUGGAGGUGUUUCAGGGACUUAUUUUAGAGUAAGGUGCUUGUUUCAGUUCUGGUGUUCGGACCACGCUGCUGAAUAACAACGCAAAGCACGCCCGAGAGGAGGAAGCGGCUACCUUUGUCUCUUGCUAGCUGUUGCAUUCAUUGUUGUAGGCCUGUUUUGGGUUAGCUGGUCAGAGGUCAGCCUCCGCCUCAGACUGAUGGCUGGCUUCAGCUUCUUCUUGAUGUGCGCUGCGCUUCUCUGCGCCUCUUCGGCACACGCGAAGCCGACGCUACGGAAAGAGAGAGUUCUCUAUCAAGACCCAGAGUUGGUCCGGCAAGCCCACGAAGACAACAAGAGCUACCAGUACGACCAUGAGGCUUUUCUGGGCAAAGAGGAGGCCAAGACGUUUGACCAACUCACCCCGGAGGAGAGCAAAGACAGACUUGGAAAAAUCAUAGACCGAAUAGACGGAGACGCAGAUGGCUUCAUCACGACAGCCGAGCUCAAGGCUUGGAUUAAACGGGUACAGAAGCGUUACGUCUAUGAGAAUGUAGCGAAGGUGUGGACGGACUACGAUCUGAACAAAGACAACAAGAUCUCGUGGGAUGAGUACAAGCAAGCUACGUAUGGAUACUAUCUGGCUAACCCGGAAGAGUUUGAGGACGACAAAGAUCAGUUCAGCUUCAAGAAGAUGCUUCCUCGAGACGAGAGGAGGUUUAAAGAAGCUGAUCUGAACGGGGACUUGGCAGCAGACAGGGAGGAGUUCAUGGCCUUCCUCCACCCUGAGGAGUUUGAACACAUGAAGGCUAUAGUGGUGCUGGAAACUCUGGAGGACAUUGACAAGAACGGCGAUGGGCAUGUGGACGAGGAUGAGUACAUUGCUGACAUGUUUGCACAUGAGGAUGGAGGUCCGGAACCAGAUUGGGUAAAGACGGAGAGGGAGCAAUUCUCUGACUUCAGAGACUUGAACAAAGAUGGGAAAAUGGACCAGGAUGAAAUCCGCCAGUGGAUUAUGCCUCAGGACUACGACCAUGCCCAGGCUGAGGCCAGACAUCUCGUGUACGAGUCGGACUCUGACAAGGAUCAGAAGCUGACUAAAGAGGAGAUCCUUGAGAACUGGAACAUGUUUGUAGGAAGUCAGGCCACCAACUACGGAGAGGACCUGACUAAGAACCACGAUGAGCUCUGAGCUCCCCUACAUCUUUGUGAGGAGGAUUUUUAGACACGUUUGACUUUUGAAGACAAAGAAUCACAAACUCUUAAACAUCCUCCCUGCUAGCACAGCAUCAUCCUUUCAUUGGAACUGCAAGGCUGAUACUAAAACGGACUUUUCCCAUGACGAACAAGUGGACAGGGAAGAGUCAGUCCUGAGGAGAUCCCUAAGACUGAUGGUUUUGUUCCUGACAUUCAAGAGCAAAGAGCCAGAGGACUUACUCUCCAUCGAUCGGUGCCUUCCAGCCACAUGGCGGAGAGCUUUGCUGCCUGAGAGAUUUGUUUUGAAUCAAACUUGUCGGAUGUGGGAAACGUUAGUGUUAGCAAUAAUAAUGUGAAUCUCAACUCCGAGCAUUUAUUGUGAUUUUAGUUAUUUAUCUGAUGUCUUUGAAACUAAACAUUUAAGAUAUUCAUUUAGAGAUCUUUUUUAUUUUUACAGAAAACACGCUCCUUUGUUUACAUUUGACUCAUAAUAAUGCCCCUGUUUGAUGUGUUGAUCUUAGUUUUGUGUUUUAUAAACGGAUGUUACAUGGCAUGGGUUUUUGCACGCCGUUUGGUGUUAGUGUAGCCUCUUUUACUUUCUGACUUAGUUUAUUCUGUAUUUAUUUGGUACACUCUAUGCUUCGUUCUUACAGUGUUUACCUUUUGUUCAGUUUUAGUUGUUAAAUGUUCUUUGUUAAGCCAUGUUUGCUCGAGUACUGAAAAUGAGAACAUAACAUCCUUGCUUUAUGUGACAUCACAUUUACUGUUUGUUUUCCUGGUGGUCUGUUUGCUUAGAAAUUGUAAUUUUGAGAGCUAAAAAGAAAAACGGCUCGUACAAAGAACAAACCCA